CCCCGCGGCUGGAGCAGGGGAGGGCCAGGCCCGGCCCCCAUCCCCGGGCAGGCCCCGCAGCCAUGGCGGCCGGGCGGGAGCGGGCCGUCCGCCUCCUGCGGCAGCUCCAGCGGGCCGCAUGUCGGUGCCCGAGUCACUGCCACACAUAUUCCCGAGUUCCUGAACAUGCCACCCUGGGAAAUACAGACUAUGCAUUUGAGAUGGCCGUUUCAAACAUCCGCUACGGAGAAGGAGUUACUAAAGAGAUCGGCAUGGACCUGAAGAAUCUGGGUGCUAAAAGAGUUUGUCUGAUGACAGAUAAAAACCUCUCCCAGCUCCCUCCUGUAAAUGCAGUAUUGAAUUCCUUGGCAAAAUAUGGUAUAAACUUUGAGAUGUAUGAUGAAGUCCGGGUGGAGCCGACAGACCAAAGUUUCCUGGAUGCCAUUGAAUUUGCUAAAAAGGGAGAGUUUGAUGCCUACGUUGCUGUGGGAGGCGGGUCUGUAAUAGACACCUGUAAAGCUGCCAACCUGUACGCGUCCAGCCCCACGUCAGACUUCUUGGAUUAUGUCAACGCUCCCAUUGGGAAAGGGAACCCUGUCACUGUGCCCCUUAAGCCACACAUUGCAGUUCCUACAACAGCUGGAACUGGAAGUGAAACCACUGGUGUUGCCAUAUUUGACUUCAAAGAACUAAAAGUAAAAACUGGCAUUGCUUCCAGAGCCAUUAAGCCAACACUCGGCAUCAUUGAUCCUUUACACACGCUGUCUAUGCCAGAGCGAAUAGUGGCCAACAGUGGCUUUGAUGUGCUUUGCCAUGCUCUUGAGUCAUACACCGCUCUUCCUUACAAGAUGCGCAGUCCCUGCCCUUCCAAUCCAAUCAACAGGCCAGCUUACCAAGGCAGCAACCCCAUCAGCGACAUCUGGGCUCUUCAUGCUCUGCGCAUUGUGGCUAAAUAUUUGAAAAGAGCCAUCAGAAACCCUGAAGACCGUGAAGCACGAGCCAACAUGCACCUAGCAAGUGCUUUUGCUGGUAUUGGCUUUGGCAACGCUGGUGUUCAUCUCUGCCAUGGAAUGUCCUACCCUAUUUCUGGUUUGGUGAAAACUUACAAACCAAAGGAUUAUAAUGUGGAUCACUCUUUAGUGCCACAUGGCCUUUCUGUGGUGCUGACGUCCCCAGCAGUGUUUGCUUUCACAGCACAGGUACAUCCUGAGCGGCACUUGGAAGCUGCAGAGAUUCUAGGAGCUGACAUCCGCACUGCCAGAAUCAAAGAUGCGGGGUUUAUUUUGGCAGACACGCUCCGGAAAUUCCUGUUUGAUCUGAAUGUUGAUGAUGGCUUAGCUGCAAUUGGUUAUUCUAAAGCAGACAUCCCUGCCUUAGUCAAAGGCACUCUGCCUCAGGAGAGAGUGACUAAACUGUCACCACGUCCCCAAACAGAGGAAGACUUAUCUGCCCUCUUUGAGGCUUCCAUGAAGCUUUAUUAGCUUAAACAUUUUGCUCAGAAAAGCGUGCCCUCUUGUAACACAAAGAUAUAUAUGAAGUAUUCAUAGGAGGAGCAAACCAGAGUAAAGCAUGGUUGCACACUCAACAGGAACCACGUAAAAAGCAAGACAUCAUCCAUCAUGGUCAUUUUGUCUCCGUGGAGAAAACCACUCCCUUUUCCUGCUGUGUUCUGUGGAAAGAAGCUAUCAACUCUAUGUGUGAAUCGAUCACUUCUGCUGAACUCCUGCAGGUGCUGUCGCUCAGAGCCCAGCCACCAGCCUAACGAAGUGGCAGCACGCUGUGGUUCGGUACGAAAACGUGGUGGUGUAGCAUAUGGCUGCACAGUGCCCCGCUGGGAGGGCUGGUUAGACGUGGGAAUGAGUGUGCACGUUCAGAGCAGUUAACCAGCUGGUUGACUGUCAACUGAGAAAGGGAAGUGGGAAAGGGAGAAAUGAAACUAAAAUUUUAAUACUAUUUUUCUUUUUUUUAAAAAAAGUUCACACGGUUGCAUGUGCAGUUCAUUUAAAUCAGAUUGUGCUUCAUGUUGGACCCUUUCAGCACCAGAUUCAUGCAGUGAGCACCCUUCUGUGUGUAAUAUUUUGCUCUGUUUCAUCUUCUCGCUCCUACCUUUCUCCAGACUGUGGUAGCAAUCCUGAAGAGAGAUUUUUUUUUUUUCUAGGAGCCUAAUUCAUGGCAGCAGCGCUGCGUUUGGAAAGUUCUGGGGAACUGAGCAGCACAUGGGUUUCAUUACUGCACCAGAGCACUUUGAUGGGCUGCUUAGGAAUGUAGGAUAUUUUACUCCAGCACACUUUAAAUUUGCUGUUUUUGCUGCUGUGGCAGUUACUAACAGGCUGAGUUUUCAACCUCACACUAAACUUCAUAUACUCGGGUAACCCCAAGUAUAACUCUUGCUAAUUUCUAAACUCAGCCUUACAACCUGUUCUGAUGUAACAGGUUUUCUCCAUGUUUUGUGGAUGAGACAAAGGCUCUGAUACUACACCUAACCCAGCACAAGCACCUGGUACCGUAAGAAGGGGACAUUUCUUUUCCUGGCAGUUUUCUGAGCAAAAUCAAAGGAGUUCAAGCCACCCUGCAGAGCUGUCUUUCAAAUAAUGAUGGUUUGACAAGGAGUCAUGUCCUGGCUCCUGUCCUGUUCUGAGCAUUGGUAGUCUCAUUCACAACUGAAUAAGGGUUUGUGUGUGUGUGUUAUCUAACUAAACUAUCAUGUACUGAGAAAUCUAGUUGAUCCAAUAUACCUGCAUUUUUGAAUAUGUGUAUUUUCUGUACGUGAACUUGGUGUUUGAGGGGAGGGAUGGGGGUGAUAUUGUGGUGGUUGGGCAUGUCUGAGCGACUUGUUCCUGCUCUGUUACUGAAGGCCUCCGUGACGCAGCUGUUACCACCUUGAGAUGAUACUGGAAUCCAAAUAAUAAAUAGUAUUGUGCUUGUCAUAAA